UCUGCGAGGAGAGUUAGAACAAAGCCCCUUACUUUCUCUGUCUGUCCCAGGCUCUGCGUGCUCGGCUCUCCCUUUUCUCUCCUCUCUUGCUGGACCUUGGACCAGAUUCUCAGCAGCAGUGAAGCUGGCCUCUGACCCGCCUUCUGUGGAAGCUGCCUGGGGAGGCAGCUGCCGUCAGACCAUGGGGGACGUCAGACUGUUCGCCUCCUCACACAUGUCCAAAACCUCCCAUGCUGUGGAUCCCUCGAGAGCCAGCUCCAUGCCCCUCACUGAGGCCCCUGCUUUUAUUCUGCCUCCUCGGAACCUCUGCAUUAAAGAAGGAGCCAAUGCCAAGUUCGAAGGGAGGGUCCGGGGCUACCCAGAGCCCCAGGUGACAUGGCACAGAAAUGGGAAAACCAUCACCAACGGGGGCCGCUUCCUGCUGGACUGUGGAGUGCGAGGGACUUUCAGCCUUGUCAUCCGCACUGUCAGCGAGGAGGACAGCGGGAAGUACACCUGUGAGGCUAGCAACAGCAGUGGUGCCCGCCAGGUGACCGUGGAGCUGACUGUGGAAGGAAAUUUCAUGAAGAAACAUGGUCAGCCUGUUCUUUCCAAAACCUCAGGGGACAGAUUUUCAGUGGAGACUCGUCCCAGCAUCUGGGGAGAGUGCCCACCAAAGUUUGCCACCAAGCUGGGCAGAGCUGUGGUCAAAGAAGGGCAGAUGGGGCGGUUCUCCUGCAAGAUCACUGGUCGGCCUCCACCACAGGUCACCUGGCUCAAGGGAAAUGUCCCAUUGCAGCCAAGUCCUCGAGUGUGUAUGUCAGAGAAGAAUGGUAUGCAGAUCCUGGAAAUCCAUGAUGUCACUCAGGAUGAUAUGGGCAUGUACACAUGCAUGGUGGUGAAUGGGUCAGGGAAAGCCUCCAUGUCGGCGGAGCUCUCCAUCCCAGGUUUGGACAAGGCCACUAGGUCGUCUGUGAGAGGAACCAAGGCACCCAGUCCAGACAUGGGGAAGGAGGUGACCAAUGGAAUAGCCAAAGACCCAGAGAUUGUGGCUGAAAGCAAGAACUGCCCGAGCCCCCAGAGGAGUGGCUCCACAGCCUGGGCCACCAACAGCCACCUUAAGUCCUUGCAGGAGCCCAAGCUGAAGCUGUGUGAGGAUUCUUCCAGAAAGAUCCCGCAGGCCUCAGUGCUGCAGAAGACCUCCAGUUCCAUCACCCUGCAGGCUGCAAAAGUCCAGCCAGAUGGGAGAGCGCCAGGCUUACGGGCCUUCUCUCCUUCUGGAGAAGAGAGGAAGAGUCUGGCUGCUCCUCAGCAAACCACGCUCCCUACCAGACAGUGUGGCCUGGGAGGCUCAAUGAGGAACAAGUUUGUUACCAGACACAUCCCUAUAGAGACCCAAAGGGAGUCAGCAUUCCCCAAAUUUGAGAGUCAGCCCCAAAGCCAAAAAGUCACUGAAGAUCAAACAGUCAAGUUCAUUUGUGAGGUUUCAGGGAUGCCAAAGCCUGAAGUGGCCUGGUUCCUGGAAGGCAUCCCUGUGAGGGGACGAGAAGGCAUCACUGAGAUUUAUGAAGAUGGGGCAUCCCAUUCCCUGUGCCUGCCGAGAGCCCGGAUGAGGGACAGUGGGAGAUACAGCUGCACAGCAUCCAACAGACGUGGGCAGGUGUCCUGCAGUUGGACCCUCCUGGUGGAACGUCCAAACCUGGCACAGAUGGCGCCUUCAUUCUCUAGUGUCCUGAAGGACAGUGUUGUCACUGAGGGCCAGGAUUUUGUGCUGCGAUGCUCUGUACAGGGGACCCCUGUACCCCGGGUCACUUGGUUGCUCAAUGGGCAGCCCAUCCAGUUUGCUCACUCCAUCUGUGAGGCUGGUGUGGCCGAGCUCCACAUCCAGGAUGCCCUGCCAGAGGACUGUGGCACCUAUACCUGCCUGGCUGAGAAUGCCUUGGGGCAGGUGUCCUGCAGCGCCAGGAUCACCGUCCAAGAAAAGAAAAGCGAAGGAGAGAGGGAACACCCGCUACCCCCAGCUCCCAGCAAGUCCGUCGCACCCAUCUUCCUGCAAGGCCUCUCUGAUCUCAAAGUCAUGGAUGGAAGCCAGGUCACUAUGACAGUCCAGGUGUCAGGGAACCCACCUCCAGAAGUCAUUUGGCUUCACAACGGGAACGAGAUCCAGGAGUCAGAGGACUUCCACUUCGAGCAGAAUGGUGGCCGACACAGCCUGUGUAUUCAGGAGGUGUUCCCAGAGGACACAGGCACAUAUACCUGUGAGGCCUGGAACAGUGCUGGGGAGGUCCGCACCCAGGCCAAGCUCACCGUGCAAGAGCCUCAGGAUGGCACCCAGCCCUGGUUCAUCAGCAAGCCUCGUUCGGUGACAGCCUCCCUUGGCCAGAGUGUCCUUAUCUCCUGCGCCAUAGCUGGAGACCCCUUUCCCACUGUGCACUGGCUGCGAGAUGGCAAAGCCCUCUCCAAGGAUACUGGCCACUUUGAGCUGCUACAGAAUGAGGACGUGUUCACCCUGAUUCUAAAGAAUGUGCAGCCCUGGCAUGCUGGCCAGUACGAGAUCCUGCUCAAGAACCGGGUCGGUGAGUGCAGUUGCCAGGUAUCACUGAUGCUGCAGAACAGUCCUGCCAAAGCCCCACCACGGGGGCGGGAGCCUGCCAGCUGUGAGGACCUCUGUGGUGGAGGAGUUGGUGUUCAUGGUGAUGGUGACCGUGAUGGGACCCUGAGGCCUGGCUGGCCAGCAAGAGGGCAGGGUUGGCCAGAGGAGGAAGACGGAGAAGACGUGAGGGGGCUGUUGAAGAGACGGGUGGAGACCAGGCUGCACACAGAAGAGGCCAUCCGCCAGCAGGAGGUGGGGCAGCUGGAUUUUCGUGACCUCCUGGGAAAGAAGGUGAGCACCAAGACAGUAUCAGAAGAAGACCUGAAGGGGAUCCCAGCUGAGCAGAUGGAUUUUCGCGCCAACCUUCAGCGGCAAGUGAAGCCGAAGACUGUGUCCGAAGAAGAGAGGAAGGUGCACAGUCCCCAGCAGGUUGACUUCCGCUCUGUCCUAGCCAAGAAGGGGACCCCUAAGACCCCCAUUCCUGAGAAGGCACCACCUCCAAAAGCUGCCACCCCAGACUUUCGCUCAGUGCUAGGUGGCAAGAAGAAGUCACCCGCUGAGAAUGGAAGCAACAGUGCUGAGGUCUUGACUGGCAAGGCUGGGGAAAGCCCCACACCUGUAGGCAAUACACAGCCAGUUGGGGCCCUGAAACCCAUAGGCAACGCCAAGCCGGCCGAGACACUGAAACCUAUAGGAAAUGCCAAGCCUGCCGAGACCCUGAAACCCAUAGGAAAUGCCAAGCCUGCUGAGACCCUGAAACCCAUAGGUAACGCCAAGCCUGCUGAGACCCUGAAACCUAUAGGAAAUGCCAAGCCUGCCGAGACCCUGAAACCCGUAGCCAAUGCACAGCCCGCAGGGUCCCUAAAACCCAUUGGCAAUUCACAGCCUGCUGAGACCCAGAAGCCUGUGGCCAAUGCCAAGCCUGCUGAGACCCUGAAACCAGCUGGGAAAGAAGACCUCAAGGAGGUUAAGAAUGAUGUGAACUCUAAGAAGGGGCAUGCCGGAGCCACAGGCAAUGAAAAGAGACCUGAGAGCCAAGGCUCAGCCCCAGUCUUCAAGGAAAAGCUACAAGAUGUCCAUGUGGCUGAGGGGGAGAAGCUGCUACUCCAGUGCCAAGUGACCUCUGAUCCCCCGGCCACUGUCACCUGGACACUGAAUGGAAAGACACUCAAGACCACAAAGUUCAUCAUCCUCUCCCAAGAAGGCUCACUCUUCUCCAUCUCCAUCGAGAAAGCACUGCCCGAGGACAAGGGUUUGUACAAGUGUGUGGCCAAGAACAGCGCUGGCCAGGCGGAGUGCUCCUGCCAGGUCACUGUGGAUGAUGCUCAGACAAGUGAGAACACCAAGGCCCCGGAGAUGAAGUCCCGGAGACCCAAGAGCUCUCUUCCCCCUGUGCUAGGAACAGAGAGUGAUGCAACUGUCAAAAAGAAACCUGCCCCCAAGACACCUACAAAAGCAGCUAUGCCCCCUCAAAUCAUCCAGUUCCCUGAGGACCAGAAGGUACGCGCAGGAGAGCCUGUGGAGCUGUUUGGGAAAGUGGCUGGUACCCAGCCCAUCACCUGCACAUGGAUGAAGUUUCGAAAGCAGAUCCAGGAGAGCGAGCACAUCAAGGUGGAGAACAGUGAGAGUGGCAGCAAGCUCACCAUCCUGGCAGCGCGCCAGGAGCACUGUGGCUGCUACACGUUGGUGGUGGAAAACAAGCUGGGCAACAGGCAGGCCCAAGUCAACCUCACGGUGGUGGAUAAGCCAGACCCCCCAGCGGGCACACCUUGUGCUUCUGACAUACGGAGUUCCUCACUGACGCUGUCCUGGUACGGCUCUUCGUAUGACGGAGGCAGCGCUGUACAGUCCUACAAUGUUGAGAUCUGGGACACGGAGGACAAGAUGUGGAAGGAACUAGCCACAUGCCGCAGCACCUCCUUUAACGUCCAAGACCUGCUGCCCGACCGCGAGUAUAAGUUCCGGGUACGCGCAGUCAACGUCUAUGGAACCAGCGAGCCAAGCCAGGAGUCUGAGCUCACAGCCGUGGGAGAGAAACCUGAGGAGCCAAAGGAUGAAGUGGAAGUGUCAGAUGAUGAUGAAAAGGAACCUGAGGUUGAUUACCGGACAGUGACAGUCAACACUGAACAGAAAGUUUCUGAUGUGUAUGACAUUGAAGAGCGACUAGGAUCUGGGAAGUUUGGACAAGUCUUCCGACUUGUAGAAAAGAAAACUGGAAAAAUCUGGGCAGGGAAAUUCUUCAAGGCCUACUCUGCCAAGGAGAAGGAGAACAUCCGGCAGGAGAUCAGCAUCAUGAACUGCCUCCACCACCCCAAGCUGGUCCAGUGUGUGGAUGCCUUCGAAGAAAAGGCCAACAUCGUCAUGGUUCUGGAAAUUGUGUCAGGGGGCGAGCUGUUUGAGCGCAUCAUCGACGAGGACUUCGAGCUGACAGAGCGGGAGUGCAUCAAGUACAUGAGGCAGAUCUCAGAAGGGGUGGAGUACAUCCACAAGCAGGGCAUCGUGCACCUGGACCUCAAGCCCGAGAACAUCAUGUGUGUCAACAAGACAGGCACCAGGAUCAAGCUCAUUGACUUCGGUCUGGCACGAAGACUAGAGAAUGCUGGCUCUCUGAAGGUCCUCUUUGGGACCCCGGAGUUCGUGGCCCCAGAAGUGAUCAACUAUGAACCCAUCGGUUAUGCCACAGACAUGUGGAGCAUCGGAGUCAUCUGCUAUAUUCUGGUCAGCGGACUUUCCCCCUUCAUGGGUGACAAUGAUAACGAGACCUUAGCCAACGUCACCUCAGCCACCUGGGACUUUGAUGAUGAGGCGUUCGAUGAGAUCUCCGAUGAUGCGAAGGAUUUCAUCAGUAACUUGCUGAAGAAAGAUAUGAAAAACCGUCUGGACUGUACCCAGUGCCUUCAGCACCCAUGGCUGAUGAAAGACACCAAGAACAUGGAGGCCAAGAAGCUGUCUAAGGACCGGAUGAAGAAGUACAUGGCACGAAGGAAGUGGCAGAAAACGGGCAAUGCUGUGAGAGCCAUUGGAAGACUGUCCUCUAUGGCAAUGAUAUCAGGGCUCAGUGGUAGGAAAUCCUCGACAGGAUCACCGACCAGCCCCAUCAAUGCAGAGAAACUAGAGUCUGAAGAAGAUGUCUCCCAGGCUUUCCUCGAGGCCGUUGCUGAGGAGAAGCCCCAUGUAAAGCCCUAUUUCUCUAAGACCAUUCGGGAUCUGGAAGUCGUGGAGGGAAGUGCUGCUAGAUUUGACUGCAAGAUUGAAGGGUACCCGGACCCUGAGGUUGUCUGGUUCAAGGAUGACCAGUCAAUCAGGGAGUCCCGCCACUUCCAGAUAGACUAUGAUGAAGACGGAAACUGCUCUCUAAUCAUCAGCGAUGUCUGUGGGGACGAUGAUGCCAAGUACACCUGCAAGGCCGUCAACAGCCUCGGGGAGGCCACCUGCACUGCAGAGCUCAUCGUGGAGACCAUGGAGGAGGGGGAGGGGGAAGGGGGAGAGGAAGAGGAGGAGGAGGAGGAGGAGGAGGAGUGAAGCAAAGCCAAACAGAGGCAGUUACUAGGUCAUUUUAAAAGGACUAAUUCCUUAAAGCUCAAAAAAACCCAAGCUAGAAAAGGCACCUAGUGUGGUAGAUUAUCUAGUUAGGCCAUUUAGAGGUUGUUCUGCCGACAACAGCGGUUGAUACCUAGCAGUGUUAUUGACGGGCAUUAAUUUGAAUUAGAUAGCACCUUAAAACCCUAGUGCAGCUAGUUUCCAUUUGGGGGAAAUCACCAGCAACUUGUCUAAUCGAUUUGAUUUUAAAGAGAAAAUAGCUAAGAGAAAUAUUUACCCAGAAGAAGUCAGACAUUAACUGAAUGUACCCUGAAAAAUAAAGCCCCCAUCAGGGCUCAUCCUGUUGCAGCUCAGCCCGGCUUCCCUGCAGAUAGACUGUCUUCUCCGCAACCCCCCCCCCCAACCCAGAGAACCAGUCUUGUCCCAUCCUGCCGUGUCUCAUUCUGACGCAGGAGGCAUUCUGCCUUCCUACACUUGCAAUCCCCCCCCCCCCGGUUUCUCUCCCUAUUCCACCUGCCGGCUCUCCUGGCUCUAAACCUGGCAUGAGUUGCAGCAAUGAGGACAUUAAUUAUGUUUCCUUCAUCCUGAAAACAGGUUCCCUGCUCAUGGAUGACUCUGGCUUCCUGGGGGAGGAAAUCUCUCCUCUGAAAUCCUUAGGAAACUAAAUUUACUCUAAUUUCUGAGCGUCUGGCAGUUUCAGACAUUUGCAUGAGAAUCCAUGAAGAAAACAGAAUAUCCUUGCCGAUGUGGUUUUUUUUCCCCCUUAAAUCAUGAUGCAUAUUUGUGCCAUUAACAAACUGUCAGUCUGCGUAUGCAGUAAAGAUCUGUGCAUCUGGACGUAGAAAGACCAGUUUGCUGAAAUGCUGGUUUUAAUUAUUUAUUGGGCACUAUGAAACUGAUUUCAAGUGGUGAGCAACCGUAGAACUCAGUGUGCGUGGCUGUCUCCUUCUAGACAGUCUGAGUUUAAUACAUCUUCAUUCUCGACACUCUUCAAAGACCUUGGCCUGCCUUCUGGGGUCCACCCUUAUUUUCUUUCUUCAAUGUGCAUUUGCUUUGUCUCCAACCUUGAGCUAUAUUCUUAAACUUGAUCAGUGCACACAGACUUGCAUCCUUAGCAAUUUUUACUUUCUUUCACUUCAUUGGCACUUAAUUUUUUUCCCUUGUAAAACUUUUUGAAGGUCAUAAACAAAGACCAUAAACUGAUAUCCUAGUACGUUUCCUCUGUGUGUAUGUGUAUGUAACAUUCCAAAUACUAUUUUCUUUUCCACUGUUUGUAAAGUGCAUCAAAUUAAUUAUUUUAAAGGAUAUUUAGUAGUUCCUUAAAAAAAUCAAUUUUAAAUUACUUCUGUGCAAUCCUACACAGUACCAACAUUAGAAAUUUGAUAUUUUUUAGUCUUCUUAUCCAUCCUACUUUAGCUGCUAAAUUGCCAGUACUUUUCAUUUUUUGCUUCUUAAGCAGUUACAGUAUCUUUCAUUAUAGCCACAGUAUUGCCACGGUUUAUUAUAAUAAAGGGGUUUUAACUUGAUUUAGAGCAUUCAAAGUGUUUUUCAUCACUUUUGUGUUUAUAUUAUAAUCUUCGUGUGUAUGUCGUGUUUAUGUGUGCAUGGGUGGUUAUACAUGUGUUUAUAGGUUAAUGCCUUCUUGGGAUUGUGUUAAUGUUCUCUCAAUUUAUUAUGCCAUACAAAUGGUGACCGAGAAUGCUACGACUGUAGUUAGCUCACAAUUUUUAAAUAAAGGAUACCACAGUGCAUGGUGUUUGUUCAA